GAUGGCUGCAGGUGGGUCCUACCUGUCUGCAAGGGGGAUACGGAUCCCAGCCUUGGAGCUGGCGCGGCUCAUUGAGAGGGCUUUAACCUGGCAGCCCUUUGGGGAUGGCGUGUGACACUGAGGGGUGACAGUCACUAAUUAGUGAUCAGGGACAAGUAAUAAAACAUGCGGAGAUGACAUCACAGCACUACAACCACAGGAGGAACUGACAGCAGCUCUCCAGCCGCUUCCUGACCCAGCUGCAGUCUUGCUUUCCCCAAGCUGCUCCAAGCUGCCACAUGUCCUGCGUUUGGCAUCCCGUGAGGGACACCAUGCAAGGCAUCACACUACCAGAAGUUUGGGCACAGCGUGUGACACCUGAGGGGUGACAACCUACGUGAGGCACCCCAACAGGGGCCACGUAUGCAGCUCUAAGCAUGACACCCUAUAGCAGAUCCCCAAAGACACCACCCCGUGGAGACCACAAUUGUAACACUGAGGAUGUGACAUCAUGACACUUCUUGUUCACAAGAGAAACCAACAGCAGCUCUCCGGCCGCUUCCUGUCCCCGCAGCAGUCUCACUGUGUGAGACUCAGCUGUCCCCAAGUUGUGCCUCAUGGCACCAAUGGCGCUGGCCCUCAUCCUGGGUGAGUGACAAUGGGGACAUGGUGCCACGGGGGUUGGUGGCCCUGAGUGGGACCAGGACCAUGUCCCUUGCAGGUUGGUGUCUGGUGGCAGCAAGCAGGGCACAGCACCUGCCCCCACCCUCCCUGUCACUGCACCCCAGCCAGAGGGUGGCUGUGGGGGACACUGUCACCCUGCGGUGCCACCUGCCCCGGCCAGCUGCCUGGGUUGAGCUCUACAAGGAAGGAGAGCGGACAUUCAAAAUGUGCAAGGACACAGACAAGGAACAGAACACAGUUGAGUUCCACUUGGAUGACAUAAGAAAGGAAGACGCUGUGAAGUACCAGUGCCAGUACCGAGUGCUGGAGCCACCAGGGACAUCGGAGAAGAGUGACCCUGUGGCGCUGCUGGUGACAGAUCACAGCUAUCCCCCCCGCACCAUUUCCCUGAGCCCUGAGGAACACGUGGAGAUGGGCACCAACGUCACCAUUCGCUGCUGGAACAAGCCUUAUCAAGGCUCCACCUUCCUGCACAAGGACGGGCACUCAGCCCCUAUCCAGCACCAGGAGCCCGAUGGUGGGGGCACAGCCACUUUCACCCUCUUUAGGGUGUCCCCAGCUGACUCUGGCACCUAUAGGUGCUCCUACCGCCUUGGGGGCUGCUGCUUUUUGUUCUCACCUCUUGGGGACAGUGUGACCCUGGAAGUGAUUCCCACAUCUGCACCACGAGGUGCUGAGAGGAUGUCCCGUAGGAACCUGGUGGUGGCAGUGGUGAGUGGCUGCGCUGCCGCCCUCGUCUUUGGCCUGGGCCUCUACUUCAUCCUCGAUGCCCGCAGCUUCUGGAUACGGAGAGAUGAGAGCCCUUGUGGGGAAGGCGCUUGAAUCACUUUGAUACCCAGCAGAGCACCUUUCGAUCCCCCCAAGUGUAUUCUGCUUCCUCUUUGAUAUCGUCUAUGUGCCCAGUCUCUCAAUCCCCCUUUCCAUCUCCUACACAUCCCCCCAGGUGCGCCCUUCCUCAUCUUCCAUCCCCUAGAGGUGGAUAAAUCCCCUUCACUUUCCCCUGCUGUUGCUUCCAUGCACUAUUGAUCCUCCUCCUGCUUUUUCGUGCCCUCCAUAACACCCAUCCCACUCCCCUCCCCAUUUUCAUGUAGCUGCCCCCCUCAAGAAAGCUGAGUCCAUUAGGUUCCAGGACAGUGUCUGAGUCAGGGAAAACCUAAAUCCAGCCUGCCUCUUGGGGACCCCUAAAACCCACUGGGAACCGCAAACCCUGUCCAUGUGGACCCCAACACACUCCCAGUCUUAUAUUCCUUACCCUACCUUUAUGUCCCCAAAUCCAGCCCGUGGGAAACCCAAAAUCUACAUCGAGGGAUUUGGAGAUUAAAUGCCCCUCACCCCCAGCCCUACACACACUACGGGCACCCUCAAAAUUCAGCGUAUCAGUCCCAAGUGGAGGGCAGCCAGCACAAAGCCCCAGGGAAUCCCCAAACCUCCUGGACAGCACCCAGAUUCUAUGGGAACCCCCAAACCACUGUGGAACCCCCAAAUGCCAUGCAUAGGGAUCUCCAAGAUCUGACCUAGGGAGUCCCCAGACCACCAAGCCCUAAACGCCUUUCAGAACUGGUGGGAACCUUCAAGUCAGAAUGAGACUCCCCUGAACUACACUAGGGCCCCAGAACUAAGCCAUCCCAGACUCCCCUUCCAGUUACCCUCUCUCAGCCACCAGAACCACAACUGUCCCAAAACGAACAUUCCCAAAUCCUCACCAG